AUGGAGAUCGCCGCACGGCGCGGCCACCUCCUAGUAAUCCAGUGGCUCCACGACAACCGACGCGAAGGCUGCAUGUUUCGCGCCAUGGACGACGCGGCUGGCAACGGUCACCUCGCAGUCGUCCAGUGGCUUAGCGAGCACUAUGGGGCCGGAUGCAGCACCGAGGCAAUGGACGACGACGCUGCAGCUGGUCACCUCGAUGUCGUCAAGUGGCUACAUUUGAAAAAAAACGCAGUGAAGGGUGCACUCAUGACUGAGGCUGCUGGCUUCACGCCAAUCGAAGCGAAGGGCCAUCUUGAUGUGGUUCGCUUUCUCCAGGACAACCGGCGGCACGAAUGCCCCAAUAGCAGUGACACCAUGCGUAUGGUCGCGCGACAUGGACAUUUGAAAACGCUGCAAUGGCUCUACACAAACCGCAGUGGAGGUUGCGUCGUCCUUGCGUUGCAGGAAGCUGCCAAGCUCGGUCACCUCAACGUCGUGAAGUGGCUGUGUGAAGUGGCGCACGAGCAACGCAGAGGCGAGUCGUGCUUCCGUGGGGUCGCUGGAAUUGCACGCAGGUUCCGGCGGCUCGAGGUGGGAGCAAAAGGCUAA